AUGUUCGCUUGUGCACAACGUAUUUUCAGUUCUUUACAGCAUAUUGAUUUAAUGAUUGGAAUUGACGGAUUACCUUUAUUUCACAGUAAUAGUAGCGAGCUUUGGGCAAUUUUAGGAUCUGUACUAAAUAUUCCAUCCUUGUCAAUAACUGUUUUUCCUAUUGCCAUUUAUUUUGGAUUAAAGAAACCCAGUAGUUGUUUUGAAUUUCUAAAUGGUUUUGUAGAAGAAAUUGUCGGCUUAAUCAGGAAUGGUUUAAUUUGUAAUGGCAAAAAUAUAGCUGUCAGGGUCAAGGGAAUUUGUUGUGAUGCCCCUGCCAAAGCUUUUAUUUUAGACAUUAAAGGUCACAACGGAUAUUUCUCGUGCACCAGAUGUAAACAGGAAGGGUCUUUCUUUAAUAAUAGGAUGACUUUUCCUAUAUCUGACAGACUGCCUCGAACCCAUGAGGGAUUUAUCAACAAAGAAGACACAGAAUUCAAUACUGGUGACACCCCAUUGACCACUAUCCCUAGUCUGCGUAUGGUAUCAUCUUUCCCAGUUGACUAUACGCACUUGGUGUGUUUAGGGAUAAUGAGAACAAUGAUUUAUGUUUGGAUGUUUGGACCUGCCCCUUUAAAACUACCUAGUAGGAUUAUUGAUGGCGGCGCGCGUUGA